AUGGCCGGGUCGUUGUCUUCACGAGGAGCCGAUGCUACAAAGUCUACCGGAGAACUGAGCCAACUAUGGGAGAUCAUCUCGAAUCCCUGGCAUCCGGAGACCAAUCCCACAGGCUACGUUUCCCUAGGAGUGGCCGAGAACAUGCUGAUGCACAACGAGCUACGCGACUUCAUCAACAGCAAGUCUCUUGUCGACCCGCAUGGCAAGGCCCUAACCUACGGCGACGGACCAUCCGGCUCCAAGCCUUUACUCAAUGCUCUCUCGGCCUUUUUGACAAGACACCUCAAGCCCGUUACACCCAUUGAACCUGACCACCUCGUCGUCACCAACGGCGUAACCACAACCCUAGAGCACACAGCCUGGGCCUUGACCAACCCCGGCGAAGGCAUCCUCCUCGGCCGCCCUUACUACCGCGGUUUCCUCCCAGACCUCCAACUGCGAACGGGUGCCAAAGUCGUGCCCGUCUCCUUUGGCACCACGGAUCCAUGCGGCCCAGACUGCGUGCCACACUACGAAGCCGCACUGCUGGCAUCCAACCGCGCCGGCGUCCCCAUUCGCGCCUUACUCCUCUGCCACCCACACAACCCCCUCGGCCGCUGCUACACCCGCCCCACCCUCAUCGCCCUCAUGGCACUCUGCCAAAAAUACGCAAUCCACCUCGUCAGCGACGAAAUCUACGCCCUCUCCACCUGGGAAAACCCCACCCCUCCCUCCCCAACCAUGGACGCGGAACCAGCACCAACAAGCCCACCCUUUGAAUCCAUCCUCUCCAUUCCCCCAACUGACAUCAUCGCACCCCACCUCCUCCACACCCUCUGGGGCCUCUCAAAAGACUUUGGCGCAAACGGUGUCCGCCUCGCCACUCUCAUCUCCCAAGCCAACCCCGCCUUCCUCGCCGCCUGCCGCGCCCCCGCCCUCUUCUCCUCGCCCUCCUCGCUCGCGGAAAACGCGGCGCUGGCGCUGCUGGGCGAUGCCGUCUUCGUGGACGGGUAUAUUGCGGAGAAUCGGCGUCGGCUGGGGGCUGCGUAUGCGGAUGCGGUGGGGCUGUUGGAGCGGCAUGGGAUCGAGUAUAUGCCGGGGGCGAAUGCGGGGUUUUUCUUGUGGGUGAGGCUUGGGGGGAAGGGUGGGGGCAAAGAUGGGGCGCACGGCGCGGAAAGGGAAUUGCAGGCUCGGUUGCUGGCGAAGAGGGUGUUUUUGGUGCCGGGGGAGUCGGUGGGUGCGGAGGAGGGGGGCUGGUUUAGGAUGGUGUUUUCGCAGCCGAGGGAGUUGGUGGAGGAGGGGUUGAGGCGGGUUAGGGAAUCUGAGGAUUCUGGUGAGAAGACUAAUGUCUCCAUUCACGACUCUGACGCGCCUGCAAAUUUUCCCAUGGACUUGAUGGGAGAGUCCCACUACCCAUACCUCCCAUGUCCAUGCAUGUCUCAAAUCCCAAAUCCAGCUAGCCCAUCCCAUCCACCCACAAAGCCAGCCAACUUGAUGUCACAAAAGAGUAGGAUGUAG